GAUUGCUAUUAGCAACUGUCUGAUUUAAAUAAUACGAGGCUUCCAAAUAAUAACAACAAUAAAUGAUGAACGUUCAAAUAAGGCACCCUUAUGAGGGUUUAUUACAUAAGUAUACCAAUGCAAUGAAAGGAUGGCAAUAUCGUUGGUUUAUCCUUAGUCCUGAAACUGGUGAAUUGCAUUAUUUUUUGAGUGAAUCCGAAAAAAAUCAACGACCACGAUGUUCAAUAUAUUUAGCUGGUGCAGUGAUUGCACCAAGUGAUGAAGAUUCCAAUACCUUUACUGUCAAUUCUGCUACAGGUGAUAUGAUUAAAUUGAGAGCUACAGACGCCCGCGCUCGUCAAGAAUGGGUUGACAAACUACGAGCUGUUACAGAAAUGUAUACUAGAGCAAUAGCCAGCAGUCAUCCUCCUUUACCUCCAAGAGAUCAUUCCGCUAACUCCAAUAGAAACCCAGUUGCCAAAUUGGAAGUUUUAGAUGCUUUUGCUAAUUGUCAAGAACAAUUAAGGAAAGUAGAAAAGCACAAUAUUGCAUUAGCACAAACCAUUGAGAACUCUAGUUUAAACCUGGACCCUGAUUUGCUAGUACUUAAAGCAACAGCACAUACUACGUUACACACAUUAAAUCAGUGUCUCAAUAUAUUAUAUCAAUAA